AUAGUCAUUGAAACCCAUCUUUUCUUCGUCUACAUUUCGAUAUUGUCCGCACUGGUCAAAUCUGGUGAUCAACCACCCGCCAGGGCCACCUCAAGCGCUUGCGGUUCUUGGGAUCCGUUGGCCUGGACAGCUGCAUGCCUUGUCUCUGUACUGGCCGGCGCGGGGGCAACCUCUGCAGGCACCGGCCUUCUUCUAUCCACCGGAGAUGCUCGCCUCCAAUUGGUUCCUUCCAGUCUGCCGCUUAUUGGCGCAGCCGAAAGACACUUCCCCUUUGGCGCGGAGGCUGACUGCUUCUGCCUCUCCAACGGUCUGAGAGCGUCCGUCUCAUGUGAAGUCGGUCUCGUCUGUUCUCUACUUGUGCAUGUGUGCAUUGACUGA